AUGUUCCUGGACCUGCUAAGCGCAUCGCGGCGGCCCAAGUACGAUGGCACGUUCCUGCAGAAAAACAAGAUCAAGGAAGUCACGGGUGAGCUCAACCCGAGCAAGCUUGCGGCGCCUACGUUCGACGCCAAUAUUCUCGAGCCUCUCAUCUUCUCCUCCUCGUUCCAGGAUGCCGUGCAAAAAAAAGUUGAAGAGGCCAGACCAGACCUGCAAGAUGUCUCCAUUGGCCAGCCAUCGACGGCCACGCCAACCUACUUCCCGGCUCACUACUUCGAUACCUGGGUCAGCGACAUGGAGCAGUCAAAAUACCACCUCACCGACGGCGGCAAAAACCCCACAAUGGCUGCUAUAUCCAAGAUCACCAGGGAGCAACUUCUCAAGAGUCCGGAGUUCCACCCCAACGGCGUGGAUUAUAUGAAAUACCUCGUCAUCUCUGUAGGCGCAGGGUGUGCAGUGAACGAAAAUGUGCCGGCCAAGCGGGGCGCCUUCAACUGGUUUCACAGCAGGCGCAGUAGCCACAGCCCGGUUACCGACACCUUCUCGCACGCUAGCGCCGUGUUGGCCGACUGGCAGGUUCGCAUGCUCUUACACAAUGGCAACUGCAUGCGGAAGCAGAACUACCUCUACAUCCAGGCUCAGGCACCAUUGUUCGGGGAGGCCAUUUUGCCAAUGGACAACGCGACCUCGAAGAACAUGGCUGACCUGCUCGACAUUGGCUACAAGUUGCUGGCCGAGAAGGUGGCUAUGGUGAACUUGACCACGGGGAAGUACGAGACGGUCGAGGACGAGAAUGCACCCACCAAUGAUGCAGAGCUCCAGCGCUUCUCCGAGCUUCUAGUCGUCGAGCGUAAUCUGCGCCUUAAGGAACAACAACGACAAGGAGAAGGAGAAGAACAGAAAGGGGUUCAUUUGCUUAACAUUAUUGAAUAA